UCUCAAAGAGUGUGAAGAGUGAAAUACUGGACAGACUGGCUGAUAGCAUAACCAGAAUCACUUGCUAUCCAAGUAAAGACAAUUUAGAAAGCGUAGCCAAAGCUCUUGUUGCAAAGCAUCCUUGUCUCAGGGAGCCGGGUUCAGGUAAAGGAUGGUACUGCUGGAGAUUCAGCCUGAUAUUCAAGAUGGGCAAUUACCGUCAGAGGAUGAUGGCAGCUGGAUGCCCUGAAGUUCUUGUAAAUAAAAGAAAAAGACAGGGAAACACCAAGCCAGUCAAGAAGGCAAAAAAGGGAGAGAUCCACUACUUACCAGAGCCACCUGAUGGACAAACUACUGUUAAAUCAGAGAAGGAUCGUGAGACCAUGCUUUUGGAAGUGCAGAAGAGAGAGCCAGAUUUGCACCUGCUCGAUGAAUUGAUGACUGCAACAUUCUCCCAGCGAAGACAAGAGAUCAUUGGUGACGAGCCACUCAUUGCUGCAGUCAAGGACAGAUGGCCUGCAUUGUUUAGUGAGAGACAGCUCAGUGCUGAGUUCAGUAGAAUCGUCACCAAAGACCUGCUGGAGUCAUUCCUGGAUGGACUUGAUGCCUUGGUGCCAGAUGUUCUACAGAUGUACGGAGAAGCUGCUGCAUCAGGCAGGAGGGUGCGCCUGAGCAGUGUUCUCAGUUGUCUUCAAAAGGAGGACACGAACCAAAACAAAAGAACAGCUGUCCUACUUGGUCUUCCAUGCUACCUUGCAGAAGAUUCCUCUGACAUAAUCAGGAUGUGUGAUGCUCAUGGUGAAACCCUUGACAUGCUAAUGAGCGGGAUGCAAGUUGGACUGUUGAUUGGACACGAAGGCCCUCUGCAUGAUGCAUUUCCAUUGGAUGUUUUCAACGUGGCUCUGGUAGUAGAGGAGAAGAUCAUCCUACAUGACCUCCGAGAUGUGUCCACAGGCUUUGCCAUGUUACUGGGUGCAAUCUACUGCCUAAACCUUGAGCCAGAGAGCCCGUGGAAGCUGGGGAUCGACGAUCAUCACGACAUCCUCAAGUUGAAGAUCUGA